GCUCCGACAAAAAAAAAAAAAAAAAAAUCAUGGCUGGGAUUUUCUAUUUCAUCGUCUUUUCGCUGCUCUUUGGGAUUUGCCACGGGGUGACCGGUUCUCGGAUCUAUCCCGCCAAUGAAGUUACCUUGCUGGAUUCCAGAUCAGUGCAGGGAGAGCUUGGAUGGAUAGCAAGUCCUUUAGAAGGAGGGUGGGAGGAAGUGAGCAUUAUGGAUGAGAAAAAUACUCCAAUACGCACCUACCAAGUCUGCAACGUGAUGGAGCCCAGCCAGAACAAUUGGCUACGAACUGAUUGGAUUCCCCGCGAAGGGGCUCAGAGGGUGUAUAUCGAGAUUAAAUUCACACUGAGAGACUGCAACAGCCUGCCAGGUGUCAUGGGAACCUGUAAAGAGACGUUCAAUCUUUACUACUACGAAUCAAACAACGAUAAAGAGCGCUUCAUCAGAGAAAGUCAGUUUGCUAAAAUCGACACCAUCGCUGCUGAUGAAAGCUUCACCCAAGUGGACAUCGGUGACCGGAUCAUGAAAUUAAACACGGAAAUCCGUGACGUGGGGCCACUGAGCAAGAAGGGGUUUUAUCUGGCUUUUCAGGAUGUCGGGGCCUGCAUUGCCCUGGUAUCAGUACGGGUGUUCUACAAGAAGUGCCCACUGACAGUUCGCAACCUGGCUCAGUUUCCCGACACCGUCACUGGGGCUGACACAUCCUCCCUGGUGGAGGUCCGAGGCUCCUGUGUUAAUAACUCGGAAGAGAAGGAUGUUCCAAAGAUGUAUUGUGGGGCAGAUGGUGAAUGGUUGGUGCCUAUUGGCAACUGUGUGUGCAAUGCUGGGCACGAAGAGCGCAAUGGAGAAUGUCAAGCCUGUAAAAUUGGAUACUACAAGGCCCUUUCCACCGAUGCUUCCUGUGCCAAAUGUCCUCCUCACAGCUAUUCCGUCUGGGAAGGAGCCACUUCUUGCACCUGUGACCGAGGAUUUUUCCGAGCGGACAACGAUGCCGCCUCUAUGCCCUGCACUCGUCCUCCCUCAGCUCCCCUCAACCUGAUUUCCAAAGUCAAUGAGACAUCAGUGAAUUUGGAGUGGAGCAGUCCACAGAACACGGGUGGUCGACAGGAUAUUUCCUAUAAUGUGGUAUGCAAGAAAUGCGGCACCAGUGAUCUCAGCCGAUGUCGGUCCUGUGGGAGUGGAGUACACUACACCCCCCAACAAAAUGGUUUGAAGAGCACCAAAGUCUCCAUUACCGACCUCUUGGCGCACACGAACUACACCUUUGAAAUCUGGGCCGUGAACGGAGUAUCCAAACACAACCCCAGCCAUGACCAAUCAGUCUCUGUCACAGUUACAACCAAUCAAGCAGGGGGAAAAGGACAUAUGACUUCGUCAUUUCUGUCCUUUUUCCAUUCGUUUUCAUAUCCUCGUAAAAAUUCCACAGUUCCAGGGCAAAAAAAUAAAAAUGCAUUCUAUCAUCCCAAUGGAAAAGGGCAGUAUAUUGUCUUUGAAAAUAGAUUGCAAUAUUUCCUGGAACAAUUUCUAGCCCAAAAGGAGGACUUUAACUUAACUUUUAGCAGUCAUGUCCCUGGGUGUAGAAGGAAGAAAAGCCAAACUAUCAACGAUCAAAAUGAACGCAGCUACCGAAUUGUUAGGACGGCAUCCAGAAACACUGAUAUCAAAGGCCUGAAUCCUUUGACUUCCUAUGUAUUUCAUGUGCGGGCCCGGACUGCAGCCGGAUAUGGAGAUUUCAGCGAACCAUUUGAAUUCACAACCAACACAGUCCCUUCACGAAUCAUUGGAGAUGGUACCAAUUCCACAGUACUCCUGGCUUCAGUUGCGGGCAGUGUUGUUCUGGUAGUCAUUCUCAUUGCUGCGUUUGUCAUCAGCAGAAGACGCAGUAAAUACAGUAAGGCUAAGCAAGAGGCAGAUGAAGAGAAACAUUUGAAUCAAGGGGUGAGAACCUAUGUGGAUCCUUUUACCUAUGAAGAUCCUAACCAAGCUGUCCGGGAAUUUGCCAAGGAAAUAGAUGCCUCUUGCAUCAAGAUUGAAAAAGUCAUUGGAGUUGGUGAGUUUGGCGAAGUAUGCAGUGGGCGUCUCAAAGUGCCUGGCAAGAGGGAGAUCUGUGUGGCAAUUAAGACUCUCAAAGCAGGAUAUACCGACAAACAAAGGAGAGACUUCUUGAGCGAGGCCAGCAUCAUGGGGCAAUUUGACCACCCUAAUAUCAUCCACUUAGAAGGCGUCGUCACCAAUGUAAGUAAGCCAGUAAUGAUCAUAACCGAGUACAUGGAAAAUGGAUCCUUAGAUGCGUUCCUGAGGAAGAAUGAUGGCAGAUUUACAGUCAUCCAGUUGGUGGGGAUGCUUCGUGGCAUUGGCUCGGGAAUGAAGUAUCUAUCCGAUAUGAGUUAUGUCCAUAGGGACCUAGCAGCCCGAAACAUCCUAGUAAAUAGUAACCUGGUCUGCAAAGUGUCUGAUUUUGGCAUGUCUCGAGUACUUGAGGAUGAUCCCGAAGCUGCUUAUACGACAAGGGGCGGCAAGAUUCCCAUCCGGUGGACUGCACCAGAAGCUAUCGCAUAUCGUAAAUUCACAUCAGCAAGUGAUGUGUGGAGCUAUGGAAUUGUAAUGUGGGAAGUGAUGUCAUAUGGGGAGAGACCGUACUGGGACAUGUCCAAUCAGGAUGUAAUUAAAGCCAUCGAAGAAGGAUAUAGACUACCUCCCCCUAUGGACUGUCCCAUUGCACUCCAUCAGCUGAUGCUUGACUGCUGGCAGAAAGAAAGAAGCGACAGGCCUAAAUUUGGACAGAUUGUCAAUAUGUUGGACAAACUCAUCCGCAACCCAAACAGCUUGAAGAGGACGGGCACAGAGAGCUCCAGACCUAAUACUGCCUUGUUGGACCCGAGUUCUCCUGAAUUCUCUGCUGUGGUGUCAGUGACUGACUGGCUCCAGGCCAUUAAAAUGGAACGGUACAAGGAUAACUUCACAGCUGCAGGCUACACCACCCUAGAGGCUGUGGUGCACAUGAACCAGGACGACCUGACAAGAAUUGGCAUCACCGCCAUCACACAUCAGAACAAGAUUUUGGGCAGCGUCCAGUCAAUGCGAACCCAAAUGCAACAGAUGCACGGCAGAAUGGUUCCCGUCUGAGACAGUACUGAAUAAACUCAAAACUCUUGAAAUUAGUUUACCUCAUCCAUGCACUUUAAUUGAAGAACUGCACUUUUUUUACUCCGUCCUCGCCCUCUGAAAUAAAAAUCCGCAGCAUUGCUUGGUGUACAGAUAGCUGAAACUGUGGGGCCUACAGAAAUGACAACCCGUCAUUUAAACCAGACCUGGAACAAAUUGUUUCUCGAAAUAAUAUUUCUCUUGUCAAUCAACAGUAUGUAAUAUACAUGUAUCUAUAUAAAUAUAGCAUCACCUUCAAGUUUUGGUUCCGUGUUUGCAGCCAGAUACUGUACUUACUUCUCUUCUUGGAAUUACAACCAGAGUAUUUUGUUUGUGGGAUAAACCACAGUUGUGCAUAUUUUACUGAAACAAAGAGGCUGCCCUGGGAUUUUUUUCUUCCGACUUGGUCUUGGUUUGCAGGGCAUCACUGAUACCGUGGAAAGAGUCCUCAGUGAGAAUUUGGUUUGGUUGAUCGGGGCCUCAUCAUCGGUGUUUGCCCAGUCAAGGGCAUUAGUGACCCGGUGGAUUAUGGAAACAAGCAAGCAAACAAAAUCCCAAACGCUGGACAGAAUGGGUCUGUGUUUUUUGGCUGCUUUUGUGCCAAAUUGAGUCUUCACGUGAUGAACUCUUGGAACGAAUGGCAACCCUCUUACUGCCAACUGGCUGUGAUGAUUUUCUUGAGAACUUUCACACUAACCUCCUUUUAAGAAGCCACCCUAAAGCUAAAAGGGAAAACAGAUUCUGCUUCCUUGGCCUCACAGCCCCUCCUAUCACACUGCAAUCACACAGCGAUCACACCGACCAUGGGAAAAACAAAAACAACUGAACUCUAAUCCUUCCAAAUUCAACGGGCCUCCUGCUUCCACAUCAGCACAGAGACUCACUACGGGGAUAGAGACAUUCUGGAACAGAGACACUCGGCAAACAGCACUGGUCCCUUAAAGAGGGUGUGACUUUCAAGUACUGUUUUCCAGUGGAAGAAAUGAACACGUUCAAAGAUUCAGCAUCUGUCCUCCAACGAUCACUCGAGGAAUGUACUGUAUCAAAGCCCUAGCCCUGCAGAGCCCCUGUUUUGUCUUUGUUUUAUUUAUCUAUAUUUCCAUAUAUCUUUCCUGCAUGUCACUGUUGCAUCCAUACGACUAUGCGAGUGACAGAGCAAUACAGGUAUUAUCAUGGACGCCAGAUUAGGUGCCGCCACUCAGAACCCAGUUCACAUGAGCUGCCUAUAUAUAUUGCUGAAGUAACAUUUUACACAAGAUGUGCCAUUGCAGUGAUAUAAAUAUAUUUUUUUUCUAGACUAAAUAACGAGCUAUCUCUUGAUGUAUGUAUGUGUGCGCGUGGGUGUGCGUGUGCAUGAGUUUUCUUCAUGCUUAGAACAGCCUGUGAAUGCUUGGAAGAUCCCCGCCAGGCAUUCUAGUUCUCCACUGGUUCCAAGCUGAAGCGAUACAUGAGAUAGUGGACUUAUAUAGGCUACGUCUGUCAUACUAGGAAGAAAAUACAAAAACGUUCCCAUUUCCUGUACCUAUUAAGUGUAUUUUGUAGUUGCCACACUAACCUUAAAUAAUAAUUCCACAAUUUAGGCUGAAGGAAUUUUCACCUUAGUUCUGAAGUGGUGAUUGAAAAAAAAAACACCAAAACUUCAUUUCGGUGAAAUUAAUCAACAUCAGUAUCUCUCACUCUGAUCAAGGUCAUUAUCAGAGUCAUCAGUUCCUUGAUGAAAGAGGAAGGGUGGGGACACCUUUAUCUGGUGACCCUGAACCGAAAAAUAAGUAGCCGUUUUUUUGCUCACAGUGGUGGACUUGUUAAAUGCAAACAGAUAUAUGCAAUUCUUAUAACUUCAAAGAUGCACAAGGAUAUAGG